GAUCUACGACUAGAAGUAGUUUAUAGAUUACAGCUUCCUUUAUUUUAAUACAUGUUUCAUUUUGAUAUAUUUCUUAUCUAAACAUUUUGGGUUGGUAUUCGCUGAUUAAUACUAUAAUUACAAAAUAGUUAGUUUGCAUUUUGACUUUGUUUUCCCAUGAUUCUUUGCUAAGCGCUACAAGCAGCCAUUUUCCUACGCUAAACCCGGGGAGCUAGGCGGGCAAUUUAUUUCCUCAAAUACGAAUUUAUUCUUGAGGAACUGGCGUUCCUUGAAUUAAGGAACAAUGAGCCAGUAUAUUCAUGUAGCCGAGACUGAGGGCAAUGAGCCGAUGGAAGUACCUAGUGAAGAUGACGGAACCCUUCUUUUGACGACGUUGUCGGCUCAGUUCCCCGGGGCCUGCGGAUUGAAAUACCGAAAUCAUGAAACUGGAACACUCCGAGGUAUCAGAUUAUCCGACGGUCGCUUGUAUCCACCCGAUACAGACUGGGGAAGACAAGUUUACAUAGUAGUUUUUCCUAAAGGGGAAAAGUUAAAAGAAAACUCAACUCAUAGCUCUGAACCUUCACACUGUGUGAAAUCUUAUAAAAGAUUUGAGCGGCAGAAAUGUAGUGAUCUUAUUGUUUUGGGAUUACCAUGGAAAAGCAGUGAAGAAGACCUUAGAAAGUAUUUUCAACAGUUUGGAGAACUUCUUAUGGUUCAAGUAAAAAAGGAUCCUAAAAGUGGUCAAUCUAAAGGCUUUGGUUUUGUGAGGUUUGCUGAGUAUGAGUCUCAAGUGAAAUGCAUGUCUCAGAGACACAUGAUAGAUGGAAGAUGGUGUGAUGUUCGAAUUCCUAACUCAAAGGAAGGUGCCCAACAGAUGAUGAAUCGGAAGGUAUUUGUUGGAAGAUGCACAGAGGAUAUGACAGCAGAUGACUUGAGGCAGUACUUCAGCAAGUAUGGUGAGGUGGUGGAUGUUUUCAUCCCAAAACCUUUCAGAGCUUUUGCAUUUGUCAGUUUUGCUGACCCAGAAACAGCCCAGGGACUUUGUGGAGAGGACCAUAUAAUCAAAGGAGCAAGUGUACACAUUAGUGGGGCAGCACCUAAAGCAAGUGAAAAAUAUGACAGACGAAUGGUACCCAAUCAUGGCCAUGUUGCUUAUCAGGGUUCCUGGGGACCAGGGAGGGGAGGAAACCCAAGUCAUACAAGUAGUAACAUGGGAGUUGCUGGGGGCCUAGGCAACAAUAUGAGCAUAGGCAAUUUAGGACUUGGUGCUUUGCAGCUCAAUCAUGCUAUGCUGGCUGCGGCCCAGGCUGUCCUGAGCAGUCAGACAGGAUGGGGACCAUUAGGCCUUACUCAUCAAAGUGGAGGUGCAACCACCAACGGGGACCCCAUAGUUGUGGCCACUACCACUGCUGCUCCUCAUAGCAUGAGUACAUCAUAUGCCCCAGCCCCAAUGGGCACCUCUAAUGGUGCUGUAGUUACUGGUGCUGGUGGUGGCAACAACAGUUUUUUAGGUUGGGGUAGCCAGACUGCUGAGAUGCCACCAGCUCCACAUACUGUAGCCACCAGUCAGGUACCCAGCUGGGGUUCUAUGCCAGCUAAAGCAGGCUCAGGCUGGAAUUGAUCUACUAGACAGUGAUACAAGUGUGGAUGAGAUCUACCUGCUGGCAUGUAUGUUUGUUUGUGGAACUAAGUGAAUUCACAGAAUGAAAUACUUUUAUUGAAUGGAAAUAUUUUUUUUUAUCAAUGUUGUCUAAGCAGUGUUUCAAAUGUUUGUGUGAGUGUUGUCUUUUUCAGUCUGUCUUGAAGCUAUAGUGAUAAGAGAAAUUUUUUCAGUCAAGUUUGUGAAAUUAACAGCAGUAAGAAUAUGUUGAAUCACUGCUCUGGUAACGUUUUCACAUACUAGAAAUGAUUUGUUUUAAUUUUGAUUACUGUUGUAAAAAACUAUUCUGAUUUUAGUCAGGGAGACCAUUUCUAACAACAAAUUGUUACUUUCUCAUACAUAGUUUGAUGCAGGUGUGGUUAACAUUGUAUAUGGAACAUGGGAGCUAAAUGAUUUAGUGAGUUGGAAAGUUUUGACUGUUAUCAUUACCAACACAACCAGAAGCAGAUUGCUUCUUGUAUAAAAAUGUACGUUUUAGUGCAUAUACUAAAGCUGCCACCUUUUGGUGGCAUGUAAAAUGAGUAUAAGAAUGCGUACGUUUUCUAGAGCUGGAGGUGCUAGAAGAAACUGUGUUUUUUUUAAAGAUGAUCAUUUGAAGGUUCUCAAAGUGAAUAUCAUUUGUACAUCCAUCCCCCUGUUGCAGCAGGCUUAUUGUUGGUGUGUUAAGUUAUUGGAUGUCCUGGUGCUGUACACAUGGCUGGCUAGAGGUGUGUGAUCCACAGACUUGUGUGGUUAUCUCAUGAAUGGGCUCUACCCAGAUAUGCUUCAGGAGUUGUAAAUAGUCUUGUGAUGUAUGAGAGAAAGCUUAGCUUUUUUUUUUAAACAAGGAAACAACAGGUAACCUGUAACUUAAAAGAAAUAACUAGUAUAAAUUAUCUGUAAUUUGAGGAUGUCACAGCUGACAGAACAUUACCGUUAUAUAUAUUUGUACCCUUCUUUCUCUAUAUAUUUUAACUUUCUUUUUUUAACUACUGGUUUGUGAUAGUUUUUUUUUAAUUAAAAAAAAACAGCCAAUUUUUCUAAAGGGUUGCCGAUGUAUUAGUUAUGUAAGUACCAAUUUUCUAUUAUGUACAAUUGGAUUGGUUAUGUUGCUUGCAGUGGAGAUUGUGUGAAUUUUUGUAUAAUUAAAACUCAUAUAACUUAAA